AUGCUGUACAAAAAACUCGUUGAUAGUUCGUCGUUUACUGCCUCUAUUCAGCUGCCAUGCGGGAUUGAUUGUAAUGAGUGGAUUGCUUCUCACACUCUGUCCAUAUUUGAAGGCAUCAACCUCAUAUGUUCCUGUCUUCAUGACUCUUGCACACAAACAUCCUGCCCAACAAUGCAUGGUCCCAACAACAUGCAGUUCCACUGGUUGGAUGAGAAGGGCAAGAAGUUGAAGUCGUCAGCCAAACAGUACACAGAACUUGUCACCUCGUACUUGCACACCUGUGCCAACAAUGAAAAUAUAUUUCCCACCAAAUAUGGUAAUCCGUUUCCGGCAAACUUCCGACGAACGAUUGAACAUCUACACCGACUAAUGUCCCACCUCUUUGUCCACAUCCACCACGUUCAUCUCUCCCACCUGAGGGAACUAGAUCUAUCACUCCACCACUGUACACUCUUGUAUCAUUAUUUACUCUUCAAUAGAUUAUUCAAUCCGUCACUAUCUACAGAGCUUUCAUUGUUUGAUUACGUUUUUAAAGUCCUCGAAAAGCCUGAUGUUUCUGACACUCCUACUGUUCAGCAUCAGUGUGAUCACUCAGCUAAUGCUUCAGGGAAAAACUUCGGUGACAAUCACAUUUCCGGUUGCAGAGAAAACGAGGAAAGUGUUUUGAAGUGUGAGUCUGAAAGAAUAGAGAGAGACGAUGUCGUCAUAGAUGAUGAUGGUGGUGGUGUUUCUUCUUCUAAUAAUGGUGGUGUCAAGUCUACUAACGCUAAUAUACCAGUCAAUAAAUAUGUCCCUAUUUUCACCAUUGUCACAUGA